AUGGGGGUCAACGGGAUAGGAGAAAAUCAGACUGAAGAGGAAGCAUCGAGCCGCGAGCCGCCGACUGAAAACUGUGAUGAGGCACCUGCAGACUAUGAAAUGGAGCAGAAAGGUGGUUCUCCCCAAGACCAGGAGAACCAGCAAGCACAGAAGGAGGACCAGGGACAGGACCUGGGAGAUAGCGAAUGCAAGAUCCCACAUGAGGACACUACUAUCCAGCUCAUCGAGGCUGGAUGUCUCGAUAGUAAGCCCGGUGUAUCCCCGGAUUUCCAGUCUCAGUCCCCGGCACCGAUGCCAGGGCAGAGCACCGGGUUCGUCCCACCCGAAGGCGGGUUCGGCUGGUUAGUCGUUUUCGCUGCUACCUGGUGUAAUGGAUCCAUCUUCGGGAUACAGAACUCCUUCGGUAUCCUCCACAUGAUGCUGGUGAUUGACCACGCAGACCCCAAUGACCAAACGUCGCAGUUUAAAGUAGGUGAGUCUGUCCUGUAACUGUUGCACCUGUUAAAGUUAGCCUACUGAUGCUUACUUACUGUUGAAGGUAAGCGAGAAGGGUCAAAUAAACCCAGUCAGAACUAUACUGAACAAAAAUAUAAAUGCAACAAUUUUACUGAGUUACAGUUCAAAUAAGGAAAUCAGUCAAUUGAAAUAAAUUCAUUAGGCCCUAAUCUUUGGAUUUCACAUGACUGGGCAGGGGCGCAGCCAAGGGUGGGUCUGGAAGGGCAUAGGCCCACCGACUUGGGAGCCAGGUCCACCCACUGGGAAGCCAGGCCCAGCCAAUCAGAAUGAGUUUUUCCCCACAAAAGUGCUUUAUUACAGACAAAAAUACUCCUCAGUUUCAUCAGCUGUCUGGGUGUCUGGUCUCAGACGAUCCCGCAGGUGAAGAAGCCGGAUGUGGAGGUCCUGGCCUGGCGUGGUUACACGUGGUCUGCGGUUGUGAGGCUGGUUGGACGUACUGCCAAAUUUUCUAAAAUGACGUUGGAGGCGGCUUAUGGAGAGAAAUUAACGUGAAAUUAUCUGGCAACAGUUCUGGUGGACAUUCCUGCUGUCAGCAUGCCAAUUGCACGCUCGCUCAAAACUUGAGACAUCUGUGGCAUUGUGUUGUGUGACAAAACUGCACAUUUUAGAGUGGCCUUUUACUGUCCCUUGCACAAGGUGCACCUGUGUAAUUAUCAUGCUGUUUAAUCAGCUUCUUGAUAUGCCACACGUGUCAGGUGGAUGGGUUAUCUUAACAAAGGAGAAAUGCUCACUAACAGGCGACGUAAACACAUUUGUUCACAAAAUUUUAGACAUUUCUGUGCGUAUGGAAAAUGUCUGGGAUCUUUUAUUUCAGCUCAUGAAACAUGGGACCAACACUUUACAUUGUUGCUCAGCAUUGUCUCAAGAAGAUAUUGAAGUAAAACAUAAAUUACAUUUUUGAUUAUUGAUCAUAUCCAUCUUUGCUCUUCAGAUGUGUCAGAGAAUUUAGGCUACUACUUCAGUCUCGGCAUCAUCUGUCUGAAGACUCUUCAGCCUACUUCAGCCUACCUCAAGUCAAUGUAUAGACAAUACAUAGACCUAGGCCAUAUAGCACCACAGUUGCCUUACAUUAACAUUCUGGUCACGGCUCUAAUUCUCUUAUCAUGCUUCCUUAUGUUCUCCUCUUAUGUUGUUAAUUUAUUUUCCAUGUGACAAAGGCACUAGUGUGUGCCUCUAUAUUGUGGCCUCAAUCUUCACCCCCAAUCUGUUUAGGAUUACUAUCAGGCUUUUCUUUUAUAGCACACUCACACACACACACACACACACACACACACUCACACACACUCACACAGCUCUUUUGCUUCACUACAUCAGGGCCGUCACAAAGCAUCUCAGAUUAGGAGUGAUGAUCUAGGAUCAGGUCCCCCCUGUCCAUGUGAUCUAAUUCAUUAUGAUCUUUAAGGGAAAACUGAGGCUCUUUGUGUAUACAGGCCCUGAUGCAGGACAGGUGUGUGCUGUUAGUUUGCACUUCUAUAAAUUAUUCACAAUGGGUGAGGAGGGACGGGCAUUGUGGGAUAGGUGAGGCUAUAGUCUGUCCACGGCUCAGUUAUCAUUGAGCUGCAGCUCAGUUAAAGAGUUUUAAUGUUUAACAGCUUAGCAGCCACCACACACACUCACCGCGACACCUUGAGUUGUCUCAACCACUUAUAUUGUUAGGAUUAAAUGUUUGUGGCUUUAGGAUGAAACAUGUUUGUGGCUUUAGGAUGAAACAUGUUUGUUGCUAAAGAUAAAGCCAAUCGUCUUCUCUCUAACGCUCUCUCAAUUCUCAGAAAGGGCCUGACGUAGGCCUAGGUUCAUUUUUAGGACCGAGAUAUGUUUACCUAUGUAUACAUUCUUGCUAUGGAAGUGUACACGUUCUCAGGUUUUCAACUGAAACUUUUAGGCCUUCAUCCACUGGAGAGGUUUUUCCUCUCUCCCAAAACAACAACCCCAGAUGAAUGAGUGCCAAGACAUCUCCCUGUUAUUUUUCCUUCGUUAAGACUUUUUAAUGUUUGGGUCCAGCCAAGAUCCUGAUUUCUAACCUUGAAAAAGGCGUCCACUGUUCGCAUAUCAGAAGGGAUUAGACUAGUGAGCUGUAGUCAGAUCCCCCAGCUCGACUAGCUCGCCCAGGGAAAUGGUACAGUGCAGAAGGGGCAUAUUAGUGGAGGCUUCUGAGGGGAGGACGGCUCAUAAUAAUGUCUGGAACGGAGCAAAUGGAAUGGCAUCAAACACAUAGAAACCAUGGAAACCAUGUGUUUGACGUUGUUGAUACCAUUCCACUUAUUUCCGCUCCAGCCAUUACCACGUGCCCGUCCUCCCCAAUUAAGGUGCCACCAACCUCCUGUGGGGCUUAUAGACUGCCUGGCACAUAAUCACAUCUCUCAGCUGAGCCCACACUGAGUGCAGUGCCCAGGCCUGUACCCACUCCAAGACAUGAAGGAGAAUUUACAGGCCCAGUCAAAACCAUAUCCACAGUAAGACACACUAGUUCUCCCCAUAAGAGCUAUGAGGAGGGAAAUCAGGUACCAAUCGCUGCCCAGUGGUGCUUGUUUUGAUCAUUGAGUCCGAAUCUCUACGAAACAGACGUUAUGUCAUGUUUAGAUUAUUACUAUGUAAUUACACAGGUACAAAUAAUGGCCUGAUAUUUUCUGGGGGUAUCAACAACAGUGGGCUAAGUGUGUAGAAGGAUCCACAUGUCAAGAUGGAGGAAAUCCUCAUUUUUAAGUCUUUCAUCAAAACAAUAGUUUCAUGAUCUGAACCAGUUGGGCUAGAGGGGAAUCCUUAUCAACAAAGGAGUGCCUGAGGGGCGAGUUAGGUAUCACGGUGAAGCGAAGGAAGGGAGUGAGGGACUUAAAGUAGAGGAAAGAGGGGUGGAAAUAGUGAGGGAACAUCCAGUUCCUUGAAGUUAACGCUGUCUGCGUCCCAAAUGCAGGUUGGCAUUUAUUGUCAUGAAUCUUGCCCUGGAGGCAGCUCUGCAGAGUAGUCACUAGCUGGCACAGCCACAAAGUAACAAAAUCUGAUUUGAAACCUAACCUUAACCACACUGCUAACCCUAACCUCAAAUUAAGACCAAAAAGCACAUUUUUGGUUUCAUGAAUUUUUACGAUAUAGCCAAUUUUGACUUUGCAGCUGGACCAUCUAGCGGAAAUCGCUGUUCUGCCUCCAGGGCAAGAUUCAUGACAAUAAAAAUCAAGAUGCGUCCCAAAUGGCACCCUAUUACCUUCAUAAUGCACUACUUUAGACCAGGGCAAAUAGGGCUCUGGUCUAAACUAGGGCACUGAAUAGGGAAUAGUGUUCCAUUUGGGAGGCGCUCACUGUAAAUCUGAGGGCGUCGUCUUAGUGAAAGCAGAAUGGUGGAAACUUUGCUUUCUCUUAUCAAAUCGCAUACUGACCAGUGAUUAAUUAUUAAGGAGAGAAGGAAGGAAAAUGGAUGCAUUUUCGAAACAGGGUAUCAAUCUAGGAGUGAGGGGAGGAAAGAGAUGGAGAGGGUGAUGGACAUACAGAAUGGGGUGAGUGAUCCCAGGCCAGGGAAUUGCUGAAAGAGAUACAGACUUAGGCCUUGUGACCCACAAGGCUUGGAAUGGCUAUGGGUUCCAGUGAAAUAGAGAGUGACAGUCAGUGAUUUAUUGAGGGGGUGUGUGUCCUGUUAUUGUAGCUUUCUGGAGUCUAAAAUAACUGUUAUGGACGUGCUCAUAAGGGUUAUUUACUGUUAGCACUUAUGCCUUUAUUCCAAACCACCGGAAAUGCAUUUUAUGUUGGCUGUAUUUGGGGAGUUGAUGCCCUCCAGAUGUCCUACGGCCUGAAACAUGAAUAGAGAGCAGACAUGACUGUCUGGCGUCAUUCAUUUACAGCACAACAAACAAGAAUCCUCUUGCUCCAUCUGUCUGGACCUGCUGGCUCAGUGCAUUUUACUACAUUUGAUUUGCCCUGAAAACGAAAUAGCGCAUCUGGCUUACAGACUGAGGGAAACGUUUAAAAUGCCUCAGAUAUCUUACGCCUGUUGAUCAGGAUUUAAACACUUGAUGCUUAAAAUAUUGUUUGUACAUAACAUUCCUGCGUACAGUACACUACAGCAGUACUAGGGCCCCUGGGGGUACUUGGCCUAUCCACAGGGGGAACUUUAGAAGACUCAUGAGUCCAUAGGGUUAUUGUUAAAAUCCACAUGAAGGGGUACUUCAAGGGUACUCCGGGCAGAGCAAAAUUCAGUUGGUGGUACAGUAACCAAAAAAGGUUGGGAACCACUGCACUACAGUACAGUAUUAUGGUCAGUUAAGUAUGAAUAUAAUACAGUAGGAUGCAGUAGUGGAACUGUCCCUAAAAUGGGCAGUUGGUCCAUAAUCUCUGGAAUAAAUCGAUUGAACGCCAUCAGUAUGCGGUCUCUCUCCAAUCCUUAUAGGGCGUAGAAAUAUUCCACUCGGUAUCCCUUUUGAACCCGAUUUAAGGUUUAUGAUUGAUGUGUUUUCUGGGACCUGACAAACAUAUUCCACUAAAAGGAGAUUCGAUUUCAGAUUUCAUCUCAGUUUUUUAUGUAUAGCUGUAAUUUGUUUCCGUUAUUGAACAAGAUACUGUUAUUACAGUACUGUACGAUAAGCGAGCGUCCUGUCCAGGGGGUUUAGUUAUACAUCAAGCUGCCUCAUGCUAGCAAAACAAGAAAAAGAAAAACAGGCUCCUUCCUUAUGGCUUGGUCAAGACUACUCACUUUGUAAGACAAUACAUUAUCAUUACCAUGCCUGAUCAUUUACCCAUGAGUAAUUAGCUUGUUCCGAUACUUCACCCUCUCUGUAGUCUCUCUGGUCUAGAGCAGUGGUCAGCUACAGUGUAAAUCCUAACAAUUUGCAGUUUAAGGAAUAAUGUGGAUGUUUGGCAUUCCAGAAGGCUGUGGAAUAGAAUAGAUCCCAAUCGGAUCAGGGCCCUUUGUCCAGUCCACUGCCUCCCCUUCCAACGCAUUUUAGACCGUUGGAAGGGGAGUUGUGUCUGUGUUUGUACUUUAGGACACUUAAUUGUGCACAGAAGCUGCAAGGUACAGUAGUUUCACUCCUCAUAGUGUAUUUAGGCCCAUUGAACAACCUGUUUCUGAGUUCUCUAUACUGGAACUCCAGGCCUAGGACCGCUUGUUUGUGUUGAAGCUAAGCUACGCAACACAUUAGACCCAUUGAGCAACUUGUUUCGAAAGCACACUAUAGUGUGCAACUGUGCAUAUAGGCUACUUAUGCAUACAGUAAAUAGUGUGUACACCCAGCAAACCAAAAUUGGUUCUGUGAAUGUUCCCAGAACAUUCAUUAGGUUGCCCAAAAACGCUAUAAUAACACAAAAACUGUCCAAUUGUGCUGAUGAUUAUAUAACAUUUGUCUGAUGUUGCAAGAACAUUCCCAGAACACAUUUUGUUAUUACAUUACCUGGAAAUCUAAUAAGAACCUUAGGAGAAUGUUCUGUGGUGGUUGUUACAGCAUUUUAGCGAAUGUUGGAGAACAUUCCAAGGAUAUUUAUAAAAAAAAUAAAAAAGUGUUUUUGGGAUGUUAUUCAGGGGUAGGAACAGAAAAAUGGAAGAUAACGUCAAUUUUCAAGGAACAGAAACGGAACUGGGAACGAAAGUGAUCCAUACUGUUCUGGAACAGAACCGUUAUUUUAAAAGCAUGGGAACCGGUUAAUAACAUUAUUUUACGUUCCAGGCAUAUUUGUCUCACAGCAAAACACAACAAAGCGCCUAUGCAAAGCCCUCACUGUGUCACUCAAAAACGUAUUCCAGUGUCUGCCUGCAAGCUGAAAAUCUUUGCCUGUGUGUGUUUAGGCUACCUGCCCCUUCCUCCUCCGAAGCAUAGGCUACUGUACUGACGUUACAAGAUAGGGAGAGAGAUUUUUUAUUAGCUAGAGAAGAAUGGAUUCACUUUUUCAAUGCUAGUUAAUGAUACUAUAGGCCUAGUGAUUACGUUUCACGUUGGAUUUAUUAACUACAAAAAGGUAAGACGUCUUUUUAAUUCUGGUGCCGCUCUGCACACACAAGCUUGUUAGCUAGCUAGCUCAAGCUUGUUAACUAGUUAGCUCAAAGGAUAUUCAAAGUUCCUCCAUAGAAGCUGCUUCUCCUAGGUAUAAUUCUGUAGACCUAAUUCAUAUAAUGCAUGUCAUAAUAAGAUGCUCAGAGCUUCAAGCCUCCUCCUUAACCCUCUCUCGCUCUCGCCCCACCCACAAAAUGUCAGUCCCAUCUUGCGCCAUAGGCUACACUUGUCUGUCCAUGACGCAUGUAAACAACUAGCUUGCCUGCUCUAUCCACACUGAUUGGUGAAGUAAUUCAUUGAGCUUAAUGUAAAAAAACAGUUGAUUUCAAAGGUUAAAAAAGGAACAAUAUAAACAUACUUUUUUUUUUUUUUUACCGGUUCAGACCUUUAUUUAGCUGGUCAGAACAGUGGAAUGGAUAUUAAUAUGGAGUUGGUCCCCCCCUUUGCUGCUAUAACAGCCUCCACUCUUCUGGGAGGGCUUUCCACUAGAUGUUGAAACAUUGCUGUGGGGACUUGCUUCCAUUCAGCCACAAGAUUAUUAGUGAGGUCAGGCACUGAUGUUGGGCGAUUAGGCCUGGCUCGCAGUCGGCGUUCCAAUUCAUCCCAAAGGUGUUCGAUGGGGUUGAGGUUAGGGCUCUGUGCAGUCAAAUUCUUCCACACCGAUCUCGACAAACCUUUUCUGUAUGGACCUCGCUUUGUGCAUGGGGGCAUUGUCAUGCUGAAACAGGGACAGGCCUUCCCCAAACUGUUGCCACAGUUGGAAGCACAGAAUCGUCUAGAAUGACAUUGUUUGCUGUAGCGUUAAGAUUUCCCUUAACUGGAACUAAGGGGCCUAGCCCGAACCAUGAAAAACAGCCCCAUACCAUUAUUCCUCCUCCACCAAACUUUACAGUUGGCACUUUGCAUCGGGGCAGUUAGCGUUCUCCUGGCAUACGUCAAACCCAGAUUUGUCCAUUGGACUGCCAGAUGAAGCGUUAUUCAUCGCUUUUCCACCGCUCCAGAGUCCAAUGGCGGCGAGCUUUACACCACUCCAGCGGAUGCUUGGCAUUGCGCAUGGUGAUCUUAGGAUUGUGUGCGGCUGCUCGGCCAUGGAAACCCAUUUCAUAAAGCUCCCGAUGAACAGUUCUUGUGCUGACGUUGCUUCCAGAGGCAGUUUGGAACUCGGUACUGAGUGUUGCAACCGAGGACAGACGAUUUUUACGCACUACGCGCUUCAGCACUCGGCGGUCCUGUUCUGUGAGCUGUGUGGCCUACCACUUCGCGGCUGAGCCGUUGUUGCUCCUAGACAUUUCCACUUCACAAUAACAGCACUUACAGUUGACCGGCAGGGCAGACAUUUGACAAACUGACUUGUUGGAAAGGUGGCAUCCUAUGACGGUGCCACGUUGAAAGUCACGGAGCACUUCAGUAAGGCCAUUCUACUGCCAAUGUUUGUCUAUGGAGAUUGCAUGGCUGUGUGCUCGAUUUUAUAAACCUGUCAGCAACGGGUGUAGCUGAAAGCCGAAUCCAUCCACUAAAUUGAAGGGGUGUCCACAUACUUUUGGUGAUGUAGUGUAAUGUUGGUUCCAACCCUUGAUGUUAUCAUCCUAAUGUUGGAUAAAACCUUAACUAGAACUUAAUGUGAAUGUUAGCUAAUGUCCUGGAGAUGUUCCCGGUUUGCUGGGACCACUUAAUGCCUUGAGCAGAAGCUGCAUGGUAGCUUACGUUCUCACAUUGCAUUAAGGCCAAUUGAACAACGCAUUGAACAACCUGUUUACUGCAACUAUGCUAAGCCUAGUAGGACUGCUUUUUCAGCGAGGGGGAGAGAACAGUGUUGCAUCAGGAUCAGAAGAAAGUGGACUCUUUGUUUUCAGUUUAGACAAGCAGCAAUACUCUGAUCAUUUAAAUUCAACACUUGUGAAUGGUAUUACUUCCAUCACAGUUGUAAUAAUGAAUAUGAUAUCAUGAGAUGUUCAUUAUUUAGGAGUUAGUUAUGGGAUUGUAAUAGAAUAACAAUGUAUUGCUGCUUGCUGCUCCACUUUCAUUCCUUUCAUCAUUAUUGUGAGUGUGUUCAGAUACCCAUGCUACAUCCCAAAUGGCUCCCUGUUUCCCAUAUAGUGCCCUGGUCAAAAGUAGUGCACUAAAUAGGGAAUAGGGUGUCAUUUGGAACACACAACCUGUGAUUCUGUUAAUGAGGCCUCGUAAACAAUGUUGUCAUCACCGGCUUAUCUCACACAAUUAGUGUCUUCCGUGAGGUCACUGUCUCUUUAAAUAGACAACAGCCUCACCCCUGGCAUCUGAGGAACAAUCAUGCAGUCAGGGGCCUAAGAGGAGGGGAGGGGGGAGAGAGAUCGAGUGGGAGAGAGAGAGAGAGAGAGAGAGGGGGAGAGAAAGAGGGGUGUCUUCUCUUUCUGCCAGCCUGUCACUAUGCGUCUGUCACUGCUACUGGAUCAUGCUCCUAGAAAUAGUGUUUUUCUCUCCCUCCUCUGCAUGUUUUUCACUCACUUUUCUAUUCUCUCUCUCUCUCUCUCUCUCUCUCUCUCUCUCUCAUCUCUCCUCCCUCUCUCCCCUCUCUCUGCUCCUCUCUCCUCUCUCUCUCUCUCCUCUCUCUCUCUCUCUCGUCUCUCUCUCUCCUCUCUCUCUCUCUCUCUCUCGCUAGCUCUUUCUUUUUUGUUUUGAAGCGUUCAUACCUAAUUCUUUGAAUGCAUUCUGGCUGCUUUAUUAUUAAGACCCUGGGCUGCUGGGAGAGAGGGAGAUAAGUGGGGGAUGAGGGGGGGGAGAGGUGGAGGUAUAGAGGGAUGGGGUGAUGAGAUGGAGGGGUGGAAGGUGGGCGAGAGGAAAUGUUGAGAAGAUUAUAGGGCUCGGGCUGGAUGGAAUGAAGGGGUGUGGAGUUGGUCAAGCAUCAAGGGUUUCUACUAUAUGCUUUCUGUGCCUGCGUCUGAAAUGGCACCCUAUUCCCUAUAUGGUGCACUACUUUUGACCAGGGCCUUGACCAAAAGUAGUGCACUACAGUGCCUUGCAAAAGUAUUCAUCCCCCUUGCCGUUUUUCCUAUUUUGUUGCAUUACAACCUGUAAUUUAAAUGGAUUUUUAUUUGGAUUUCAUGUAAUGGACAUACACUAAAUAGUCCAAAUUGGUGAAGUGAAAUGAAAAAAAUAACUUGUUUCAAAUAUUCUAAAAAAUAAAUAACGGAAAAGUGGUGCGUGCAUAUGUAUUCAACCCCUUUGCUAUGAAGCCCCUAAAUAAGAUCUGGUGCAACCAAUUACCUUCAGAAGUCACAUAAUUAGUUAAAUAAAAUCCACCUGUGUGCAAUCUAAGUGUCACAUGAUCUGUCACAGGAUCUCAGUAUAUAUAUACCUGUUAUGAAAGGCCCCAGAGUCUGCAAUACCACUAAGCAAGAGGCACCACCAAGCAAGCAGCACCAUGAAGACUAAGGAGCUCUCCAAACAGGUCAGGGUCAACGUUGUGGAGAAGCACAGAUCAGGGUUGGGUUAUAAAAAAAUAUCGGAAACUUUGAACAUCCCACGGAGCACUAUUUUAAAAUCCAUUAUUAUAAAAUUGAAAGAAUAUGGCACCACAACAAACCUGCCAAGAGAGGGCCGCCCACCAAAACUCAUGGACCAGGCAAGGAGGGCAUUAAUCAGAGGCAACAAAGAGACCAAAGAUAACCCUGAAGGAGCUGCAAAGCUCCACAACAGAGAUUGGAGUAUCGGUCCAUAGGACCAAUUUAAGCCGUACACUCCACAGAGCUUUACGGAAGAGUGGCCAGAAAAAAGCCAUUGCUUAAAGAAUAAAAUAAGCAAACACGUUUGGUGUUCGCCAAAAGCCAUGUGGGAGACUCCCCAAACAUAUGGAAGAAGGUACUCUGGUCAGAUGAGACUAAAAUUGAGUUUUUUGGCCAUCAAGGAAAACGCUAUGUCUGGCGCAAACCCAACACCUCUCAUCACCCCGAGAACACCAUCCCCACAGUGAAGCAUGGUGGUGGCAGCAUCAUGCUGUGGGGAUGUUUUUCAUCGGCAGGGACUGGGAAACUGGUCAGAAUUGAAGGAAUGAUGGAUGGCGCUAAAUACAGGGAAAUUCUUGAGGGAAACCUGUUUCAGUCUUCCAGAGAUUUGAGACUGGGACGGAGGUUCACCUUCCAGCAGGACAAUGACCCUAAGCAUACUGCUAAAGCAACACUCGAGUGGUUUAAGGGGAAACAUUUAAAUGUCUUGGAAUGGCCUAGUCAAAGCCCAGACAUCAAUCCAAUUGAGAAUCUGUGGUAUGACUUAAAGAUUGCUGUACACCAGCAGAACCCAUCCAACUUGAAGGAGCUGGAGCAGUUUUGCCUUGAAGAAUGGGCAACAAUCCCAGUGGCUAGAUGUGGCAAGCUUAUAGAGACAUACCUCAAGAGACUUGCAGCUGUAAUUGCUGCAAAAGGUGGCUCUACAAAGUAUUGACUUUGGGGGGGGAGUGAAUAGUUAUGCACGCUCAAGUUGUCUGUUUUUUUGUCUUAUUUGUUUCACAAGAAAACAUAUUUUGCAUCUUCAAAGUGGUAGGCAUGUUGUGUAAAUCAAAUUAUACAAAUCCCCCCAAAAUCCAUUUUAAUUCCAGGUUGUAAGGCAACAAAAUAGGAAAAAUGCCAAGGGGGGGUGAAUACUUUCACAAGCCACUGUAGAUAGGGAAUAGGGUGCAUCUUCAGACGCACUCAGUCUUUAUUCCUCCUCUGGUCCGCUCUGGUUUGCUUCCUUUUGGCUGAUGUGAGUUACAGUUAGCCCUUUGUCUUAAAACAAACACCAACUAACUGGAAGUUUUACUGUAAAACAGCAUGUUGUAUGGAAAACAUGUUGGAUGAAUAAUAGUCUCUUUCUUCUCAUGUACUAUAUCAGUAAACCCCAGAGAGGCCUAACCUAACCUUUUUUGUAUGUACUGUACAUUCUUCAUGUCUCCUACAUUGUAACAAGUUAACUGAUAUAUAUUCUACUUUAACCUGGGCCGUGGUCCAGCGUAUCACCUGUCAAAUCGACAAAUAUCCAUCUGGCAUGUUUGCUUACUGCUUUGGCCGGGGAAGAAGAAACAUUGAAUGGCUGCCAAGGGCAAUAUGGGGUCUGCUCAGAUUUCACAUCAUUCCGACUGUCCGUUCUAAUGUGUAACCAAUGACCCAGGACACGUCCCAAAUGGAACCCUAUUCCCUAUAUGGUGCACUACUUUUUGACCAAAGCCCUAUGAGUAGUGCAAUAUGUAGGGAAUAGGGUGCCUUUUGGGAUGCAUUCCCGUUCUGUUGGACCCAGAACAGACUGGAGACAUUAAAGCUACCUUUGGCCCUUAAGACUCAGGGAUGGUUUGCCCUGGAGGGCACAGCAUGUCUCUGUGCACGGUAGUCUGAACACAUUAACCCCACUGGGCACAGUAGUACAGCAUGUUGUUAUCAUAGACCAAUAGUUAUUUUAUAAGUUAAAUAAGGGUAGGGUACAACAUGUUUCUAUUCAGGUUAACCCCACUGGGCACAGUAGUACAGCAUGGACCUGUAUCUCUAUCCAUGGCUGAGUUUGCUGUCUUAUCUAAUAAUAAUAGAUUUGAUUUUAUAUAGCUCUUUUCAUUACAAACAGAAUCUCAAAGUUGCUUUAAAAACAUGGUUAUUAUUAGAGCUGGGACAAUAAACCGAAAAUGAUCGACACCGAUCACUUAUUGCAGGCAUUCUGCUGAUAUCGUUCAUUACGAUAAGUAGCCUAUACUAGAGAAAUGUGAAGUUUGAAAUGAAAUAAGUUUGCUAAUAUGGUGGAUUGUCAGCGGCGGAAAAAGUACCCAAUUGUCAUACUUGUCAUAGUAAAAGUAAAGAUACUUUAAUAGAAAAUGACUCAAGUAAAAGUGAAAGUCACCCAGUAAAAUACUACUUGAGUAAAAGUCUAAAAGUAUUUCGUUUUAAAUAUACUCAAGUAUCAAAAGUAAAUGUAAUUGCUAAAAUAUACUUAAGUAUCAAAAGGAAAAGUAUAAAUCAUAAAAAAAAUCUUUAUAUUAAGCAAACCAGACAGCACCAUUUUCUUGUUUUUUAUUUACUUACUGAUAUCCAGGGGCACACUCAACACUCAGACAUCAUUUAUAAAUAAAGCAUGUGUGUUUAGUGAGUCCGCCAGAUCAGAGGCAGUAGGGAUGACCAGGGAUGUUCUCUUGAUAAGUCUGAAUUUGACAAUUUUCCUGUCCUGCUAAGCAUUCAAAAUGUAACGAGUACUUUUAGGUGUCAGGGAAAAUGUAUAGGGUAAAAAGUACAUUAUUUCCUUUAGGAAUGUAGUGAAGUAAAAGUUGUACAAAAUAUAAAUAGUAUAAUAAACUACAGAUACACAGAAAAACUACUUAAGUAAUACUUUCUAGUAAUUUUACUUUAGUACUUUACACCACUGGUGAAUUUUAAUGGGACAAUUGAUGGCCUCAACCAUCGAACUAAUAGUAGUUGUUUAAAGGAGAAUUUAAAAAAAAUUGUGUUGUACAUUGUUAUAAACGUAUCGUUCUAUUUAUCGUUAUCGCAUAAUUUCAGGCAAUUUAUCGCGAUAUACAUUUUUGUCCAUAUCACCCAGCUCUAUUUAGUGCAGGUUACAUAAGGUGGGGUACAACAUGGUAUUAUUAUCCCAGAUCAGUGGUUAUUAAAUAGGUUACAUAAGGUGGGGUACAACAUGUUUCUACAUGCAGAUAAGCCAUAUUGAGAAGCCUACCACAUGUUUUAUACAGGUCCAACUAAGGAGGAUUCUGCAUGUUUCUAUGCAGUGCAGGUUAACCCUAUAGAUCAAUGGUUAUUCUACAGUUUAUAUAAGGAGGGUACAACAUUAUAUUAUUAUACUGCGCCAUCUUGGCGCCGACGAAGAUGGCGGCCUCGCGACUAGCUCUUAGGAAACUUUGCAGUAUUUCUUUUUUUUUUAAUGUAUUAUUUUUUACAUUAUUAGCUCAGAAAGUGUUUUGCAUCAUUACAUACAGCCGGGAAAAACUUUUGGAUAUCAGAGCGGCGGUAACUCACCAGCAUUACGACCAGGAAUACGACUUUCCCGAAGCAGAUCCUUUGUUUGCUCUCCCAGGGCAACUGAACUGAUUCCAGUGGCUGACCCAAAACAUCGCCGGCGGAGGAGAGGCACUCAGAGCGGCCUGCUGGUCUGACUUAGGAGGCGCGCACACCACCCACCGCUUCCAAGUAUUCUACUCGCUAAUGUUCAAUCUUUAGCUAACAAAGUCGACGAACUACGUGCAGGGAUUUCUUUCCAGAGAGACAUCAAGGGCUGUAACAUACUCUGUUUCACGGAAACAUGGCUCUCUUGGGAUAUUCUGUCGGAAUCUGUCCAGCCAGAUGGGUUCUCAGUUCAUCGCGCAGACAGGAAUAAAUAUCUCUCCGGGAAGCAGAAGGGCGGAGGUGUGUGUUUCAUGAUUAAUGACUCGUGGUGUAAUUGUAGUAACAUAGAGGAACUCGAGUCCUUCUGUUCACCUGACCUAGAAUAUCUCACAAUCAAAUGCAGACCGUAUUAUCUCCCAAGAUAAUUUUCUUAGGUUAUAGUCACGGCCGUGUAUAUCCACCCUCAAGCCGAUACCACGACGGCCCUCAAAUAACUUCACUGGACCUUAUGCAAACUGGAAACCACAUAUCCUGAGGCUGCAUUUAUUGUAGCCGGGGAUUUUAACAAAGCAAAUUUGAGGACUAGGCUGCCGAUGUUCUAUCAACAUAUCGACUGUUGUACUCGCGCUGCUAAAAUCCUCAACCAUUGCUAUUCAAACUUCCGGGAUGGUUAUAAGGCCCUCCCCCGCCCUCCUUUCGGCAAAUCUGACCACGACUCCAUUUUGCUUCUCCCUUCCUAUAGGCAGAAACUCAAACAGGAAGUACCCGUGCUAAGGACUAUUCAAUGCUGGUCUGACCAAUCGGAAUCCACGCUUCAAGAUUGUUUUGAUCACGCAGACUGGGAUAUGUUCCGGGUAGCUUCCGAAAAUAAUUUAGACAUAUACACUGAAACAGUGACUGAGUUUAUCAGGAAGUGUAUAGGUGAUGUUGUGCCCACUGUGACUAUUAAAACCUACCCCUAACCAGAAACCGUGGAUAGACGGCAGCAUUCACGCAAAUCUGAAAGCGCGAACCACCGCAUUCAACCAUGGCAAGGUGACUUGGAAUAUGGCAGAAUACAAACAGUGUAGCUACUCACUCCGCAAGGCAAUUAAACUGGCAAAACAUCAGUAUAGAGACAAAGUGGAGUCGUAAUUCAACGGCUCAGACACGAGACGUAUGUGGCAGGGUCUACAGACAAUCACGGACUACAAAAAGAAAACCAGCCACGUCGCCGACACCGACGUCUCGCUUCCAGACAAGCUAAACACCUUCUUCGCCCGCUUUGAGGAUAACAAAGUGCCACUGACGAGGCCCACUACCAAGGACUGUGGCCUCUCCUUCUCCAUGGCCGACGUGAUUAAGACAUUUAAGCAUGUUAACCUCCGCAAGGCUGCCGGCCCAGACGGCAUCCCUAGCCGCGUCCUCAGAGCAUGCGCAGACCAGCUGGCUGGUGUGUGCAUGGACAUAUUCAAAUCUCUCCCUUUCCCAGUUUGCUGUUCCCACAUGCUUCAAGAGGGCCACCAUUGUUCCUGUACCCAAGAAAGCAAAGGUAACUGAACUAAAUGACUAUCGCCCUGUAGCACUCACCUCUGUCAUCAUGAAGUGCUUUGAGAGACUAGUCAAGGAUCAUAUCACCUCUACCUUACCUGUCACCCUAGACCAACUUCAAUUUGCCUACCGCCCCAAUAGAUCCACAGACAAUGCAAUUGCCAUCACACUGCACACUGCCCUAUCCCAUCUGGACAAGAGGAAUACCUAUGUAAGAAUGCUGUUCAUUGACUAUAGCUCAGCAUUCAACACCAUAGUACCCUCCAAGCUCAUCAUUAAGCUCGAGGCCCUGGGUCUGAACCCCGCCCUGUGCAACUGGGUCCUGGACUUCCUGACGGGCCGCCCCCAGGUGGUGAAGGUAGGAAACAACAUCUCCACUUCGCUGAUCCUCAACACUGGGGCCCCACAAGGGUGCGUGCUCAGCCCCCUCCUGUACUCCCUGUUCACCCAUGACUGCGUGGCCAAGCACGCCAAUUAAAUCAUGAAGUUUGCAGACGACACAACAGUAGUAGGCUUGAUUACCAACAAUGACGAGACCGCCUACAGGGAGGAGGUGAGGGCUCUGGGAGUGUUUUGCCAGGAAAAUAACCUCUCACUCAACAUCAACAAAACAAAGGAGAUGAUCGUUGACUUCAGGAAACAGCAGAGGGUGCACCCCCCUAUCCACAUCGACGGGACCGCAGUGGAGAAGGUGGAAAGCUUCAAGUUCCUUGGCGUACACAUCACCGACAAACUGAAAUGGUCCACCCACGCAGACAGUGUGGUGAAGAAGGCGCAACAGAGCCUCUUCAACCUCAGGAGGCUGAAGAAAUGUGGCUUAUCACCUAAAACCCUCACAAACCUUUACAGAUGCACAAUUGAGAGCAUCCUGUCGGGCUGUAUCACCGCCUGGUACGGCAACUGCACCGCCCACAACCGCAGGGCUCUCCAGAGGGUGGUGCGGUCUGCCGAACGCAUUACCGGGGGCAAACUACCCGCCCUCCAAGACACAUACAGCACCCGAUGUCACAGGAAGGCCAAAAAGAUCAUCAAGGACAUCAAUCACCCGAGCAAAUGCCUGUUCACCCCGCUAUCAUCCAGAAGGCGAGGUCAGUACAGGUGCAUCAAAGCUGGGACCGAGAGAAUGAAAAAACGCUUCUAUCUCAAGGCCAUCAGACUGUUAAAUAGCCAUCACUAGCACAUUAGAGGCUGCUGCUGCCUAUUGAAAUCACUGGCCACUUAAAGAAAUGGAACACUAGUCACUUUAAUAAUGUUUACAUAUCUUGCACUACUCAUCUCAUAUGUAUAUACUGCAUUCUAUUCUAUAAUAUUAUUCUGUAUCUUAGUCCAUGCCGCUCUGUCAUUGCUUGUCCAUAUAUGUACAGUGAGGGAAAAAAGUAUUUGAUCCCCUGCUGAUUUUGUACGUUUGCCCACUGACAAAGACAUGAUCAGUCUAUAAUUUUAAUGGUAGGUUUAUUUGAACAGUGAGACAGAAUAACAACAAAAAAAUCCAGAAAAACGCAUGUCAAAAAUUUUAUAAAUUGAUUUGCAUUUUAAUGAGGGAAAUAAAUAUUUGACCCCUCUGCAAAACAUGACUUAGUACUUGGUGGCAAAACCCUUGUUGGCAAUCACAGAGGUCAGACGUUUCUUGUAGUUGGCCACCAGGUUUGCACACGUCUCAGGAGGGAUUUUGUCCUACUCCUCUUUGCAGAUCUUCUCCAAGUCAUUAAGGUUUCGACGCUGACGUUUGGCAACUCGAACAUUCAGCUCCCUCCACAGAUUUUCUAUGGGAUUAAGGUCUGGAGACUGGCUAGGCCACUCCAGGACCUUAAUGUGCUUCUUCUUGAGAUGCUCCUUUGUUGCCUUGGCCGUGUGUUUUGGGUCAUUGUCAUGCUGGAAUACCCAUCCACGACCCAUUUUCAAUGCCCUGGCUGAGGGAAGGAGGUUCUCACCCAAGAUUUGACAGUACAUGGCCCCGUCCAUCGUCCCUUUGAUGCGGUGAAAUUGUCCUGUCUCCUUAGCAGAAAAACACCCCCAAAGCAUAAUGUUUCCACCUCCAUUUUUGACGGUGGGGAUGGUGUUCUUGGGGUCAUAGGCAGCAUUCCUCCUCCUCCAAACACGGCGAGUUGAGUAGAUGCCAAAGAGCUCGAUUUUGGUCUCAUCUGACCACAACACUUUCACCCAGUUCUCUUCUGAAUCAUUCAGAUGUUCAUUGGCAAACUUCAGACGGGCCUGUAUAUGUGCUUUCUUGAGCAGGGGGACCUUGCGGGCGCUGCAGGAUUUCAGUCCUUCACGGCGUAGUGUGUUACCAAUUGUUUUCUUGGUGACUAUGGUCCCAGCUGCAUUGAGAUCGUUGAUAAGAUCCUCCCGUUGUAGUUCUGGGCUGAUUCCUCACUGUUCUCAUGAUCAUUGCAACUCCACGAGGUGAGAUCUUGCAUGGAGCCCCAGGCUGAGGGAGAUUGACAGUUCUUCUGUGUUUCUUCCAUUUGCGAAUAAUCGCACCAACUGUUGUCACCUUCACACCAAGCUGCUUGGCAAUGGUCUUGUAGCCCAUUCCAGCCUUGUGUAGGUCUACAAUCUUGUCCCUGACAUCCUUGGAGAGCUCUUUGGUCUUGGCCAUGGUGGAGAGUUUGGAAUCUGAUUGAUUGAUUGCUUCUGUGGACAGGUGUAUUUUAUACAGGCAACAAACUGAGAUUAGGAGCACUCCCUUUAAGAGUGUGCUUCUAAUCUCAGCUCGUUACCUGUAUAAAAGACACCUGGGAGCCCGAAAUCUUUCUGAUUGAGAGGGGGUCAAAUACUUAUUUCCCUCAUUAAAAUGCAAAUCAAUUUAUAACAUUUUUGACAUGCGUUUUUCUGGAUUGUUUUGUUGUUAUUCUGUCUCGCACUGUUCAAAUAGACCUACCAUUAAAAUUAUAGACUGAUCAUUUCUUUGUCAGUGGGCAAACAUACAAAAUCAGCAGGGGAUCAAAUACUUUUUUCCCUCACUGUAUAUAUUCUUAAAUCUCAUUCCUUACUUUUUUGUGUGUAUUGGGUAUAUGUUGUGAAAUUGUUAGAUAUUACUGCACUGUCGGAGCUAGUAGCACAAGCAUUUCCCUACACCCGCUAUAACAUCUGCUAAACACAUGUAUGUGACAAAUAACAUUUUAUUUUAUUUAUAGAUACAUGGUUAUUCUACAGGUUAUAUAAGGAGGGUACAGCAUGUUUCUACAUGCAGAUGAACCCUAUUGAGAAGCCUACUUCAUGUUUUAUACAGGAUAUCAGUUACAGCAUGUGUAUAAAUAGGUUAACCUUACUGCUGUGGUCAUGAGCACCAUGUAGAAGUUAACAGUUUAAAUUGGGUUGAUGUGUUCUGCUGAAGUGCACACACAUGUUGGCUUCUGGAGGUUGUCAACAGUUGGUUGUGAAAGGUUGCACAGAGGUUGUAAAUAUGUUGCAGACAGGGCAUAGACAGGUAGUAGACAUGUUGUACUUUAGACAGACAUCACACAUACAGUGCCUUCGGAAGGUAUUCAGACCCCUUGACUUUUUCACAUUUUGUUACGUUAGAGCCUUAUUCUAAAAUUGAUUAAAUUGUAUUUUUUCCUUCAUCAAUCUACACAUAAUACCCCAUAAUGACAAAGCAAAAACAAGUUUUUAUACAUUUUUGCAUAUGUAUAAAAAAAAAAAACGGAAAUAUGACAUUUAUAUAAGUAUUCAGACCCUUUACUCAGUACUUUGUUGAAGCACCUUUGGCAGCGAUUACAGCCUCGAGUCUUCAUGGGUAUGACGCUACAAGCUUGGCACACCUGUAUUUGGGGAGUUUCUCCCAUUCUUCUCUUCAGAUCCUCUCAAGCUCUGUCAGGUUGGAUGGGGAGCGUCACUGCACAGCUAUUUUCAGGUCUCUCUAGAGAUGUUUGAUCAGGUUCAAGUCCAGGCUCUGGCUGGGCCACUCAAGGACAUUGAGACUUGUCCCGAAGCCACUCCUGUGUUGUCUUGGCUGUGUGCUUAGGGUCGUUGUCCUGUUGGAAGGUGAACCUUCGCCCCAGUCUGAGGUCAUGAGCGCCCUGGAGCAGGUUUUCAUCAAGGAUCUCUCUGUACUUUGCUCCGUUCAUCUUUCCCUCAAUCCCGACUAGUCUCCCAGUCCUUGCUGCUGAAAAACACCCUGCCAUCACCAUUCUUCAUCGUAGGGAUGGUGCCAGGUUUCCUCCAGACGUGACGCUUGGCAUUCAGGCCAAAGAGUUCAAUCUUGGUUUCAUCAGACCAGAGAAUCUUGUUUCUCAUGGUCUGAGAGUCCUUCAGGUGCCUUUUACUGAGGAGUGGCUUCCGUCUGGCCACUCUACCAUAAAGGCCUGAUUGGUGGAGUGCUGCAGAGAUGGUUGUCCUUCUGGAAAGUUCUCCCAUCUCCACAGAGGAACUCUGGAGCUCUGUCAGAGUGACCAUUUGGUUCUUGGUCACCUCCCUGACCAAGGCCCUUCUCCCCCGAUUGCUCAGUUUGGCCAGACGGCCAGCUCUAGGACGAGUCUUGGUGGUUCCAAACUUCUUCCAAUUAUGAAUGAUGGAGGCCACGGUGUUCUUGGGGACCUUCAAUGCUGCAGAAAUGUUUUGGUACCCUUCCCCAGAUCUGUGCCUCGACACAAUUCUGUCUUGGAGCUCUACGGACAAUUCCUUCAACCUCAUGGCUUGGUUUUUGCUCUGACAUGCACUGUCAACUAUGGGACCUUAUAUAGACAGGUGUGUGCCUUUCCAAAUCAUGUCCAAUCAAUUGAAUUUACCACAGGUGGACGCCAAUCAAGUUGUAGAAACAUCUCAAGGAUGAUCAAUAGAAACAGGAUUCACCUGAGCUAAAUUUCGAGUCUCAUAGCAAAGGGUCUGAAUAUUUAUGUAAAUAAGGUAUUCGGUUUUUAAUUUUUAAUACAUUAGCAAACAUUUCUAAAAACCUGUUUUCGCUUUGUCAUUAUGGGGUAUUGUGUGUAGAUUGAUGAGGAAAUGUUUUUAUUUAAUCCAUUUUAGAAUAAGGCUGUAACGUAGCAAAAUGUGGAAAAAGUCAAGGGGUCUGAAUACUUUCUGAAUGCACUGUACAUUCACUGUAACAAGUACCAUGUUGAAGGACACAGAUUAAGGGAUUCAUCCUACUUUGUCCUUACUGUAGUUAAUGACCCUCUUAUCUAGGUAGCUCUCCUGUUGCUUGGAAACAAAUUUGUGGUUACCUUACCUUUUGAGUGUAUCAAUAUUGAAAAUAACCUUGUAUUCAUGUGUGGAUUAUAUGAACUAUUUUCUCUGUCCCCCAACCUAUCCCCUCUCCACCUGCCCUCCUUUUUCCUUACCUGUCCUCCAUCCCAUCUCACAUGACCUUCAAUCUCCCUCCCUCCCUAACUCUUCCUGACCUGUCCCUACCUCCCUCCCCCUCUCCUCCCUCCCUCCAGCCUGGGUGGGGGCUCUGGCGAUGGGCAUGAUCUUCUUCUGUUCCCCGGUGGUCUCCAUGUUCACCGAUCACUUCGGCUGCAUGAAGACAGCUGUGGGCGGGGCCACCAUGGCCUUCAUCGGACUCCUCAGCACCGCCUUCGCAACGUAAGAGAACCCUCCAAACAUUCUAGAAUCAUUAGAACACUCCACACCUUCUAGAACUAUUACAACCCAUCUACUCUAGAGCCCUUAUAGAACCCUCCACAAUCUUAUGAACUCUCUUUGUAUGUUUUGCCACUCCUUUUGCCUAUAAUUUCUUUUACAAGUCCUGCCCUCAGUGACCUGAGCAUUACACGUUCAUGCUAGGGUGUCACAGGCUCUGUUCCCUAUAUUACUGCUCAUAAGGAAGGAAUGCAUUCAAUAUAUAUUCUAUUCUAGUUUUGCACAGUGUUUACUUACCGCUACCCCUGCCCGCCCAGGUCUCUCAGCCUGCGGUAUUUCACCUAUGGGAUCCUGUUUGGCUGUGGCUCGUCCUUUGCCUUCCAGCCCUCCCUGGUGAUCCUGGGCCACUACUUCCGGCGGCGGCUGGGCCUGGCCAACGGCGUGGUGACGGCUGGCAGCAGCCUGUUCUCCAUGGGCCUCCCGGUGCUGCUCACCAAGGUGGUGGAGCCGCUGGGCCUCAGCAGAACCUUCCAGAUCCUGAGCCUCUUCAUGCUGGUACUUUUGUGAUGUGUUCAGUGAUCAUCCAUUACACAUUGUUUACAUCUUACUGUUAAAAAAAAAAAUGAUGCGACUCGUUGAAGUAAAUGUCAAAUUCGACUUUGAACAAGUGUUUAUUUUCAUUCUUAUCAACAAAACAGGUCCAGGCCCUGCUGGCCCUGACCUUCAGACCCCUGCUGCCCCAGGGAGCUCCAAUAGGACCACCAGGACCAGGGGGCCCCGUCGGGUCCGCACCCCAGCCAGGAGCCACUGCCCGGGGAAGCCGCUGGAGCAGGACCCUGACCCAGGUCCGGAAGGCCUUUAACCUGAAGGUGUUCCACAUCGUUACCUACCGGGUGUGGGCGUUCGGGGUGGCUACGGCCGUGCUGGGUUACUUUGUGCCCUACAUCCACUUGGUAAGGGCUCAGGGACCAUCAAUAUAAAUUCUUGAAGAUUUUACCAUGUUCUUGGUAUUGUGUUGUAUUUAGGGCAACGUUUUCUGCUCGCAAAGACACCUGCGCUGUGAGUGAAAUUAUAAUGAUAGAAUUAUAAUAAUCUGCAGCACAACUUAUGAUGUGUAACUUUUCUUUAACAAUUUCCAUUUAGAAUGUUGCUGUGUGUUAGAUCACAGCGCAGCUGUUUUUGCAAGGGGAAAAUAAUGCCGCCCUUACUGCUUUUAGUGUCACCUUGAUUGGCAUGUUACAGUUUUUUAGUUCACCAAGUCGACUUCAGAGGAAAUCUUCUGUAAUAUUGUGUUGUGUUAGGUUACAUUGUGUGUUGGCAUAGGUUGUGUCAGACAGACCCACUUAUCUAAAAUAAGUAGCUAGGGACAUUGUUGCAUGGAGACCCUUGUCACAGCAAUAGAGAGAGAGAGAGAGAGAGAGAGAGAGAGAGAGAGAGAGAGAGAGAGAGAGAUAGAGAGAGAGAGAGAGGAGAGAGAGAGAGAGAGAGCUAGAGCUGCUAUAGAUCAGAGACGAUGCGAGUCGAUAGCAUUCGAGCGCGCGAGCGAGUAGGAGAAUCGAGUAGAGAUAGCUAGCGGCGAUAUCUAUCGUCAGCUCUCUCUCUCUCUCCCUCCUCGCUUCUCUCCUCUGAUAGUCUCUCUGCUAUCUCUCUCUCUCUCUCUCUCAUCUCCGCUCCUCUCUCUCUCUCUCUCUCUCUCUCUUCUCUCUCUCGCUCUCUCUCUCUCUCUCUCUCUCUCUCAUCUCUCGCUUCCUCUCUCCUCCUAUCUCGUCUAUUCUUAACUCGAGUCUACCGUCAGAUGUUUUAGGCCCGUCGCCCCUCCCCCGCCUGUCCUGUUUUCUCAGGCCCAGAUGUAAACAAAGCCACCGGCUUUUGUUGUGUGAGCGCCCAUGCUGCCAAACUGACUCAGGAAGCUCUUUGCUUUAGGUCAGCCCUAAACAUGGGUAUCCUAUGGCCCUUGAUGUUAUUCUGGUGCCAUGUAGUGCAGUAUCAAAGCAGAGGAAACAUUUCACAUGAACUUGAGAGGGGAGAGAAGCUUCUGGUCAGGAAAGGACUUCAGAGGGUUUUGUGUUUUGGAUCAGAUUCAGGUGUUCAGAGAAGAGAAGGGAAAUCACUCACCUAUAGCUCCGUCCCUUCCUGCUUCACUGUGUACAGGUCUUCUGAGGACGUGGAUGAAAACAUUUGUUAUUCCAAAGAAUGGUUAUGGAAGUUUGGAAUGUUAUAAGGAGAAUAAAUUCCAGUUUCUCCAUUGAAAUCCCUUCACUAAGAAUCCCAUUGAAAUCAAUGUCCUCUAUGUAAGGUAAUUUCAACAUGGGAAUAACACACAUGAAAGAAUCCAUGAUGACAUAUCAAGAAAUUACUACGCCUUUGAGGCGUAAUUCUGUGUUUUCUUUGGCUAUUUUGUUUGGCUGCUUCCAACCCCUCAAGGUGUGUGUUUCCAGGGGGCUUGGUUUGGCUGCUUCCAACCCCUCAGGGUGUUUGUUUCCAGGGGGCUUGGUUUGGCUGCUUCCAACCCCUCAGGGUGUGUGUUUCCAGGGGGCUUGGUUUGGCUGCUUCCAACCCCUCAGGGUGUGUGUUUCCAGGGGGCUUGGUUUGGCUGCUUCCAACCCCUCAGGGUGUUUGUUUCCAGGGGGCUUGGUUUGGCUGCUUCCAACCCCUCAGGGUGUUUGUUUCCAGGGGGCUUGGUUUGGCUGCUUCCAACCCCUCAGGGUGUUUGUUUCCAGGGGGCUUGGUUUGGCUGCUUCCAACCCCUCAGGGUGUUUGUUUCCAGGGGGGCUUGGUUUGGCUGCUUCCAAUCCCUCAGGGUGUGUGUUUCCAGGGGGCUUGGUUUGGCUGCUUCCAACCCCUCAAGGUGUGUGUUUCCAGGGGGCUUGGUUUGGCUGCUUCCAACCCCUCAGGGUGUUUGUUUCCAGGGGGCUUGGUUUGGCUGCUUCCAACCCCUCAGGGUGUUUGUUUCCAGGGGGCUUGGUUUGGCUGCUUCCAACCCUUCAGGGUGUGUUUCCAGGGGGCUUGGUUCGAAAGCAACAAGACACAUUUCCGUCAUCUUCAAUUUAAGCCUACGAGAAAGUGUGUGCCCUCAGGCCUGGAGGGAAGCAAAAGUUAUUCCCCUACUAAGAAUAGUAAAGCCCCCAUAACUGGCUCAAAUAGCCAACCAAUCAGCUUGUUACCAACCCUUAGUAAACUUUUGGAAAGAAUUGUGUUUGACCAGAUACAAUACUAUUUUACAGUAAACAAAUUGACAACAGACUUUCAGCACGCUUAUAGGGAAGGACAUUCAACAAGCACAGCACUUACACAAAUGACUGAUGAUUGGCUGAGAGAAAUUGAUGAUAAAAAGAUUGUGGGGGCUGUUUUGUUAGACUUCAGUGUGGCUUUUGACAUUAUCAAUCAUAGUCUGUUGCUGGAAAAACGUAUGUGUUAUGGUUUUACACCCCCUGCUAUAUUGUGGAUAAAGAGUUACCUGUCUAACAGAACACAGAGGGUGUUCUUUAAUGGAAGCCUCUCCAACAAAAUCCUGGUAGAAUCAGGAAUUCCCCAGGGCAGCUGUCUAGGCCCCUUACUUUUUUCAAUCUUUACUAACGACAUGCCACUGUCUUUGAGUAAAGCCAGUGUGUCUAUGUAUGCGGAUGACUCAACACUAUACACGUCAGCUACUACAGCGACUAAAAUGACUGCAACACUUAACAAAGAGCUGCAGAUAGUUUCAGAAUGGGUGGCAAGGAAUAAGUUAGUCCUAAAUAUUUCAAAAACUAAAAGCAUUGUAUUUGGGACAAAUCAUUCACUAAACCCUAAACCUCAACUAAAUCUUGUAAUGAAUAAUGUGGAAAUUGAGCAAGUUGAGGAGACUAAACUGCUUGGAGUAACCCUAGAUUGUAAACUGUCCUGGUCAAAACAUAUUGAUACAGUAGCUGGGAUGGGGAGAAGUCUGUCUAUAAUAAAGCGCUGCUCUGCCUUCUUAACAGCACAAUCAACAAGGCAGGUCCUACAGGCCCUAGUUUUGUCGCACCUGGACUACUGUUCAGUCGUGUAUCUAUGGGAGGCGCACAGUACUACAUAGAGCCAUGACUACAUGGAACUCUAUUCCACAUCAAGUAACUCAUGCCAGCAAUAAAAUUAGAUUAAAAAAAACAGAUAAAAAUAUACCUUAUGGAACAGCGUGGACUGCGAAGCAAAACAAACAUGCACAUGCAUACAAACACACAAUAACAUACACAUGUACACAUGGAUUUUGUGUUAUAGAUAUGUGGUAGUAGAGUAGGGCACACACUUCAUAUGUUGUUAAAUCUGUUAUGAAUGUAUUGUAAUGUUUUUAAAAUGUAUAACUGCCUUAAUCUUGCUGGACCCCAGGAAGAGUAGCUGCUGCCUUGGCAGCAGCUAAUGUGGAUCCAUAAUAAAUACAAAUCUGAAAAGAAAAUGGACAUUAAAUCUUCUUUCCCACCAGAUGAACUUUGUGAAGGAGCAGUUCAAGGAGACCCAGAAGGAGUGGAUCUUGUUGGUGUGUAUAGGAGCCUCAUCUGGCGUGGGACGCCUCCUCUUCGGGAAAGUAGGAGACCUCAUUCCCGGAGCCAAGAAGAUCUGGAUGCAGGUGAGGUAACCCUCUUCAGCAUCCCAUUGUCAGCCUAAUUUUAUCCAAUUCAGAUUUUAAAUAUCAGUUAGCACAUCAGCCACGUCCCACAUUUCCCAUGAAUGGUGAUGGCUACUACAUACUUCAAAUCUAUUACUAUUUCUGGUCAAAUCCAUAGGUCAAAUACUUGCUGCUCUUGAUUUAGUUGUCCCCGUAAAAUGGAACCAAUGGAGUUGUUUGAAAGUAUUUGACAUGGAUUUGACCCAAGUCAGUUGCUUUGUAGUUUCUGUAUGAAGUGGAACAGUGUAUAAGGGAAAAGGUGUCAGUCUGGAGAGAUGUAUUGGACAACAUUAACCUAAGACAACUCUCUCUGACACGUUACACAAUGCCAGUGUACUGUAAGUCACUUUGGAUAAAAACGUCUGCUUAAUGGCAUUAAUUAUUAUGUCUUUAUUAUAUUGUCUCUGCUCUUCUCUCCCCCAGUCGGUGUCGUUCAUGGUGCUGGGGCUGAUGUCCAUGAUGAUCCCCCAGUGCACGGUGUUCGAGGGGCUGAUCGUGGUGUGUGUGUUCCUGGGGCUGUGUGACGGCUGCUUCAUCACCAUCAUGGCUCCUAUAGCCUUCGAGCUGGUGGGCCCCAUGCAGGCCUCCCAGGCUAUAGGAUACCUACUGGGACUCAUGGCCCUGCCCAUGACCGCAGGACCCCCCAUCGCUGGUGAGUACUAUCGGUUCCUCAGUUUACUAAAUGCUGACCUCAAAGAUUUUGAAUGGCAGGUGAUAAAGAGAUGGUUGACUGCUAUGUGACAGGCAAUUGAUACUGAGUAUCACCUCAAAACUUUGGAGUGGAAGCCAAGGUGAUAAAAAUAUGGUUGGUUUCUCUUCAACAGGAUCUGAAAAGAAAUGUAUCUUCAAUUGAGAAAAGUCAGGUCUGUAGCUAGCAUAGUAGUACCAUAUAAGUCCUUUGAGGAUAGCCACAUUCCAUAAGGAAUUAUAAACAGGGUAGGAUUAGGAUAAUGUUUAUCAUGCCGUUGAGCUGACAUGUCUCAGCCAUAUACAUACGUAUAUUCACUGUAUUUAUGUACGUCAUUGGUCUUAGCUCCGAAUGUAGCUGGUCUAUAGAGUAAAUAGAGUGAGGUCUCAUCCCAAAUUGCACCCUAUUCCCUUUAUAGUGCACCCCAUAGUGCAGGGCCCAUAGAGCUAUGGUCAAAAGGAGUGCACUAUAUAGGGAAUAGGGUGCCAUUUGGGGCGCACACUGAAUAAAGUGGCCGAGUUCCAGGGCUGGUGAUUUGUUACAGAGGGAAUAAGAUACAGAGGUAGUAGUAGUCUCGGAUAGCGGAUAGUUUAGCGAUGGGUUGUUGACACUAUGGCUGCAUUUUUGGGGCUCUGCCACUCUUCACUGCCAUCUUUCAGGCUCCACCGCCACUCCCCACAUUCCUGUUCAGACCACCAGGGUGCUGUUCAGAGGGAUGCAAUGAUUCUGAUAGAAAUGUAUUACGUAGAACAAAUAUCAUCAGUCAUGUUGAAAAGGGAGUCAUUUCAGGGAGUCUGUGUCUGUGCAACAUUCAGAAUAGUUUCCUCUGGCUGAAUACACUCCAGAGGUCACAGUGAGGAGGAGGAAUCCUGCCCCAUCAGUCUGCAGCAGGAGCACCCAGACUGGACAUAAGUCUGUCUGCUCGCCUCUCUGCAUACCUGGGUUGAAAUAGUAUUCGAUUUAUUUUAUGUACUUUGAGCUUUGCUUGAGUCUGCCUUGAGUGCCAGAUGUGCAGGGCUUGUAUGCUGCACUUUAGUGGACUAUUCCAUUGGUUACAUCACGCCAGGCAAGCUCAAUCAAGAACGGCUAAAGUAUUUGAAAGAUUCAGAAUAGUAUUUGAAACCAGGUCUGUCUCCCGGAUCGGCUUCCUUCUCAGAGCCUCAAUGUUCUGUAUUAUCAUUGCGUCCUGUGAGGCCUGGCUGAAUCUCUCUCUCUGCUUAGUUCCAGAUGUUGGAGGAGUUAUCUAUCUUGUUUUCAGGUCUUGUUUAUGGCAGGCCCACUUAGCUAGCUAGCACCUGACUGAAUAUUUUGGCCGGGGUUGCCCAUCACCCUGGACACAAAGUAGACACACUUUACUGAGGAUUUGUUUUACAAAAUGUUCCCCAAUCUAGUGGUAGUCAUGGUUUCUAUGGUUACCCUAUAAUAAUAAAGCGUCUGACUGGCAUUUCUUAGUCCACAUUCACUCUUCACACAUACAGAGCAACAUUUUGGACUGCAAGGUAUUGUUUCUUGGAAGAACAGGCAAACCGCUAAACUGACUUGAACAAUCUCUCACAGUGAGUAGAGAUGCAGAUGCUGUACCACCUGACAGCCCUCGAGACUAAUAAACUAUUUCUUAUCUUCUUAGACAUUUUUAUGACCGCUAAUUAUUAGUUCUGAGCUAGUUCCUGGAAGUAAAACAGACAAACAGGUAAAACAACUUGAAUCACCAAGAUAGUGGGUGAAUCUCAAAGCACAUUGGAGCAAAAUAUCUAAAGCUCCUCCCCACAGAUCUUCUCCACCAAUGAAUUUUGAGAAAGAGGCGUUGAGAGUGGACACGAGGAAUCAAGGAAAUACAAUUGAGAUUCGCUCAGUGAUUCUCUCUUGAAUAACGAGUAGUGGUUCUAUACACUACAUCUGAAACCUCUCCCUCCCUUGUCCCCCAGGACUCCUGCGUGACUACUGUGGUGAUUACAACAUGGCCUUCUACCUGGCAGGGUGCCCUCCCAUCGUGGGGGGCAUGGUGCUGUUCUUUGUGCCCCUGAUACACCGGCGGCAGCAGAGAAAAUUUGAGGGCCAGGGUGGGGGGCCGGAGGACCCCAGCACAGGUCACAUGCUGCCCCCGGCAGGGGGCCCCAAGGCCUGCUCUAACGGAGACAUGCUGCCUGGAUACACCGACGUGGAGACACACAUCUGAGUAGCACUACACAAAGGUAUGAGAGGGGAGAUGUGUGUGUGUGUACACACACGAAGGCAUGCAUGCACACACACACACACACACACACAAUGAUCCUUGAUUGAAAUCUUCUCAUGUUUUCGUUCUUCCUUCUCUCAGGGAUUCUAUUCACCAGCACUUGAGAUCUGUCCGUCCCUGCACCUCCUCCUUUCCCCCGGCCCCUGA